AUGCAUUACCCGCACCUCAAACCACCAAAAAUCCUCCAUGCAUUACCCGCACCUCAAACCACCAAAAAUCCUCCAUGCAUUACCCGCACCUCAAACCACCAAAAAUCCUCCAUGCAUUACCCGCACCUCAAACCACCAAAAAUCAUCCAUGCAUUACCCGCACCUCCAACCACCAAAAACCCUCCAUGCAUUACCCGCACCUCCAACCACCAAAAACCCUCCAUGCAUUACCCGCACCUCCAACCACCAAAAACCCUCCAUGCAUUACCCGCACCACCAACACCCCAAAAUUCAUUCAUGCAUUACCCGCACCUCAAACCACCAACACCCCAAAAUUCAUUCAUGCAUUACCCACGCCUCAAACCACCAACACCCCAAAAUUCAUUCAUGCAUUACUCACGCCUCAAACCACCAACACCCCAAAAUUCAUUCAUGCAUUACCCACGCCUCAAACCACCAACACCCCAAAAUUCAUUCAUGCAUUACCCACGCCUCAAACCACCAACACCCCAAAAUUCAUUCAUGCAUUACCCACGCCUCAAACCACCAACACCCCAAAAUUCAUUCAUGCAUUACCCACGCCUCAAACCACCAACACCCCAAAAUUCAUUCAUGCAUUACCCACGCCUCAAACCACCAACACCCCAAAAUUCAUUCAUGCAUUACCCACGCCUCAAACCACCAACACCCCAAAAUUCAUUCAUGCAUUACCCACGCCUCAAACCACCAACACCCCAAAAUUCAUUCAUGCAUUACCCACGCCUCAAACCACCAACACCCCAAAAUUCAUUCAUGCAUUACCCACACCUCAAACCACCAACACCCCAAAAUUCAUUCAUGCUUUAUCCACGCCUCAAACCACCAUCACCCCAAAAUUCAUUCAUGCUUUAUCCACGCCUCAAACCACCAUCACCCCAAAAUUAA